AUGGAGGAGGGAUUCUCUCAUGGAUCCGCUCCCAUUAUCUUAGGCAGGCCAUUCAUGAAAACUGCCCGAACUAAGACUGAUGUGUAUGCUGGAACUUUGUCUAUGGAAUUUGCUGAUAUUGUUGUUCAUUUUAAUAUCCUUGAUGCAAUGAAAUUUCUAGUUGAGGACCAUUCUCUGUUUAGGAUCGAUGCAUUGGAUGACAUUAUUGAUGAAUUUGUUGUUGACGACUUUCAUUCUGUGCAUGAGAAGAAGCAUUAUUUUCUAUCUUCUUUGCAUUCAUGCAUUGAAUCUGGAUUCGAAUCAGGAUUUGAGAAUGAUGUUGAUAAUGUUGUGGAUUUUGAUAAGGAUUGUGAUGUCCAGGAUAUUGAUGCUAUGCAUGAUAUUGAUGAUGUUGUUGACAUAUCUGUGAUGGACAUUGAUUUGGAUUGUGAUGAGAUGAGUGUUCUGCCUUUACCUGUACACUCUUUAGAGUCAGAAUGCAUUAACCACGUUGCAGAAAGUACACUUGAAUCUAACUUGCAGGCACCCACUCUUGAGCUGAAACAUCUCCCAAAUAACCUCAAGUACGUGUACUUGGAGGAUGAUGAGAAGAAACCGGUGAUCAUUUCUACCUUCCUUGAUUCUGUUCAAGAGGAGAAGUUGCUUGGUGUGCUGAGGAAGCACAAGAAGGCCAUUGGUCUGAGUUUGGCUGACAUACCUGAUAGUCAGUGGGUGAGCCCCAUCCAUGUUGUGCCCAAGAAAAUUGGCCUCACUGUGGUGAAGAAUGAGAGGGGUGAGCUUAUCCCAGCUAGAGUGCAGAACAGCUGGAGAGUCUGCAUUGACUAUAGGAGGCUCAACCAAGCAACCAGGAAAGAUCAUUUCCCCCUGCCAUUCAUUGAACAGAUGCUGGAGCGCCUGGCAAACAGUCUGGAAAAAGUUUUGAAAAGAUGCAUAGAAACAAACCUUGUUCUCAAUUUUGAGAAAUGUCACUUCAUGGUUGAACAAGGUUUGGUUCUAGGGCAUAUGAUUUCUGAAAAGGGAAUAGAGGUAGACCCUGCUAAGAUAUCUGUGAUUUCGCAGUUGCCUUACCCCUCUUGCGUGCGAGAGGUGCGAUCUUUCCUUGGACAUGCAGGUUUCGACAGGCGCUUCAUCAAAGAUUUCAGCAAGAAGGCGCUCCUAUUGUCCAGACUGUUGCAGAAGGAUAUUGACUUUGCUUUUAAUGAUAGAUGCAAGCAGGCGUUUGAUUGCCUGAAGGAAGCUUUGACCACCACCCUUAUCAUUCAGGCACCAGAUUGGACAGCCCCAUUUGAGCUCAUGUGUGAUGCGUCUAAUUAUGCAUUGGGGGCUGUCUUGACACAGAAAAUUGACAAGCUGCCGAGAGUGAUCUACUAUGCUUCACGCACUUUGGAUGCUGCCCAAGCAAAUUAUACCACCAUUGAAAAAGAGUUGUUGAUUAAAGACCGGAGUGGAGCACAAAAUUUGGUUGCAGACCACCUCAGCCGGAUUGAGAGAGCUGGGAAUGAAGUUGAUGUGUUGCCCAUCCAGGAUGACUUUCCUGAUGAGACAUCACGUGCUCAGAUUGCUAAAAUUAAGAGUGAUGCUAAGUAUUAUGUUUGGGAUGACCCAUAUAUGUGGAAGUUGUGUAGUGACCAGGUUACUAGGAGAUGCAUUCCGGACCAUGAGAUUGACUCGGUCUUGCAGUUUUGUCAUGCCUCCUCACCUGGUGGUCAUCUGGGGAUACAGAGAACAACUCAUAGGGUGCUUGACUAUGGUUUCUAUUGGCCUUCCAUCUUUAAAGAUGCGGAGAGGAUUUGCAGCACCUGUGAGCCUUGUCAGAGAGCAGGAGGAUCAAUUUCACAGAGACAAGAGAUGCCUCAACAGCCUAUGCUGUUCUGUGAGGUGUUUGAUGUUUGGGGUUUGAAGGUGCCUAGAGCAAUUGUUAGUGAUUAG